AUGGAAGAAGAAUUCGAACAAUUACCUGAUUCGCAGGAAUCAAUAGAGAUGGAGCAAAUUGAGGAUUCAUUGAUGAAUCUCGAAAUCGAAACCAAUAAUCAAGUAUUGGAUCUAGAAGAUGAACACAGAUACAAACAAAUUGAACAUUUACAUAGAUCAGAGAGAAAGAUAACAGAAGAAAAGGCAAAAGCCAUUGAUUUAAUGGCAGACAGUGGGUUAAGACCAGCAGAUGCAUUUAGAUUAAUAAGUAGUGAAGCUGGUGGAGAAGAACUUGUAGGACACACUAUAACGGAUCAUUACAAUUACAUUUCAAGGAAAAAAAUUAAAGAAAUUCAAGGAGGUGAUGCACAAACAGUAAUAGAUAGAUUAUACAAAAGGCAAUCUGAAGAUGAUGAUUUCUUCUUCAGAUUUAAGUUAGGAGAUGGUGAAAAUGAAAACAAACUCACUGCUAUUUUUUGGAGAGAUUCUGAAAUGAAGGAAGAUUUUCAAAUUUAUGGAGAUGUUGUUGUGUUUGAUACCACAUAUAGGACAAAUAAAUAUAACCUUAUUUGUGCCCCUAUUGUUGGUCUCAAUAAUCACUGGCUGAAUGUUGUGUUUGGAUGUGCUUUUAUUGCUGAUGAGAAAAUAGAAACUUUUGAGUGGGUGUUAGACACUUUUAAAAAGUCAAUGGGAGGUAGUGAACCUGCUUCAAUAUUUACAGAUCAAGACUUGGAAAUGUCUAAAGCAAUUGAAACGGUCCUUCCUCACUCAAGACACAGAUUAUGUAUUUGGCAUCUUAUAAAGAAUGUUGUAUCAAGAUUUGGAGCACUGAAAAGAGAUACCUCAUUCAAAGAUGCAUUCAACAAAUGUCUUUCAGGAUGUGUGACAGAAGAAGAAUUUCAGAAAUGUUGGGAUUCUAUGAUUGCCAAAUACAAACUUGAAAACAAUAAAUGGUUUAAAAGGUUGUAUGGUUUGAGAGAAAAAUGGUGUACAGCAUUAAGUAAAGACUUUUUUUCUGCUGGUAUACUAUCAUCACAAAGAAGUGAAAGUGCAAAUAAUGCAGUUGGGUUUAAGGCCAAUAAAAACACAAGCCUGACAGAUUUCUUCAAAAUUUUCAAUCAAACAGUGAAGAGGUGGAGAAAGAAUGAGUCUGAUGCUGAUUUUAAAUGUUCAAAUUCCAACCCAACCUCAAGUAUUCCUUUUAUUGGAUUACUUAAACAUGCUUCAGAAGUGUACACUCAAACUAUUUUCAGAUAUUUUGAAACGGAAUUUAUGUACUCAAUUGGAUGCAUAACUUAUCUUCAUGCUACUGUGAGAGAUUUUUACUUUUAUGAAGUGCAGAUUGAGUAUGAUGAUAGCAGCAGACAGAAGGUUACAUAUAACAAAGCUGAAAAUAAAAUAGCAUGUUCUUGCAAGAAUUUCGAAGAAAUUGGUUGGCUUUGUUAUCAUUGUAUCAAGAUCUUGCAUCAUCAUAAUGUGACAAGAAUUCCUAGCUUAUACAUUUCAACAAGAUGGUCUAAAAUGGCAAAAGCACAUGUCUGGAAAAAGAAAGAUGAAGAUGGAGCAGAAAAAGAAUCUCAGUCAGACAAAUUAAUGCCUUGGCGUCACACAAUGGCUAGAAGAAGCUACAAUCUACUAAUAAAAUGUCAAGACCACAAAGAGACACGAAACUUGGUAGAAGAACAUUUCAAAAUGAUACAAGAGAAGGCAGAUGAAUUCAAAAGGGAAUGGCAAAAGAACAAGGAGAAGGAAAACUCAUCUGAUCAACAAGAAGCUACAAGUAAUCAACAGCAAACUUCAGCUGAUCAUCAAGAAGCAUCACCAGAACUAGAUAUUCCUGCAGUCAUAGAUCCAGAAAAAGCUAACACAAAAGGAAGAAGCAAAAGAAUAAAAGGGCACUUUGAGAAAGGGAAGCAGCCUAAAGCAAAGAAAACAAAAGCAAUGCAAGCAAAAGGAAAUGCCAGAGAAUUUGGAACUUUAACUCCAAUUCAGAACCCAAAGUUAUUUUAG